AUGAUUGCGACUGCUGAGCUACACUUUGCUCGCGACAUCAAAGACGACGUUUCACCGGUGUACAUCGGCGUAGGUCUCUUGCUUCCACUUAGUUUUGAGGAUAUGCUCCUGGGCUCGGUCGCACAAGCGGCGGAACAGUUUGGUCAUGGGUUGUGUGGUGGUGGGAGUGAGAGAGCCAACGAUGUACAGAUCCGCCGCUGUGAUCGGGUUCUUCCUGAACAUAACCUCGAAAGGGCUGAGCUCCAUAGAAGAGUGGCUGGCGUUGUUGUAUGCGAGUUCCAAUGCGGGGAGCAUCUGCUGGAUAGUGCGAUUCACGCGCUUCGUCUGCGCAUCGGUCUGCUGGUGUUAGGCAGUGAAUAUGGCGCGCUGGAUGUUAAAAGAGCUGCUCCCAAAGGUCUCAGUGAAAGCGUGGGUCGCGAUGCUUAA